AGCACCAUUUAAAAAACUAUCGUCUCGCACGCACACUGACUAAUGCAUUCAAGGCGCGCGUCAAGGAGUUUGUGUUCCUCUCUUUGGAAACCUUUUCCGGGAGUGUAAAAGAAAAGCUGUCGUCCUUCACAUAUUUGAUUAAUGGCGUUCAUCAUGAUGAAAAAGAAAAGGUUUAAGUUUAAAGUGGAUGUGGAGCUGGAGGAGCUGUCAUCUGUCCCAAUUGUGAAUGGAGUUCUGUUCUGCAAGGUUCGACUUACGGACGGUGGCUUUUCAGAGGAGUCUUCGAGAGAGCCAGUUCUGGUGAAUUGUGUUAAAUGGAAGAAAAGAUUCUCCUUCUUAUGCAAGUUGUGUGCUAAUGCAGGGACAGGGGUGCUGGAACCUUGUGUUUUUCGGAUAUCUGUAAGAAAGGAGCUGAAAGGUGGGAAGACAUUUGCAAAGCUUGGUUUUGCUGAUUUGAACUUGGCUGAGUUUGCUGGUUCAGGAAGCACCACACGGCGCUGCCUAUUGGAGGGAUACAACACCAAAAACACACGUCAGGACAACUCUAUACUGAAGGUGAUAAUCAAUAUGCAGCUAAUGUCGGGCGAUCCCUGCUUUAAAACGCCUCCAUCCACAUCAAUGACCAUUGGUUUUCCGGGAGACACAGAGACAUGUCUACAUGAGGACAGAAGAGGAGAGACACAGAAAGCAACUCUUACCUGUACAGAAAACCCAGGAAAAGGUGGCUUAAGUCAUGGUUCUGUUCCAGAUGAAGUUGGAAAGUGUGGCCACUCAAGAAACGCCAGUUACGCCAGCCAGCAGUCCAAGUUAUCUGGCUACAGCACAGGUCACUCGUGCUCCUCCAGCCUGACGGAGCUCUCGCAUAGGAGGAACUUGUCUGCGGGAAGUGCCUCCACUGGGAUUGGCAGUCUACCAGAGCCCAGUGAGGACAGAGAGUCCCGCACACCUUUGCCCCAGGACUUAGCCACACCGUCACACAGUGGGAUCACAGCCAACAGGCACCCUGUAAAGCAGGACUCGGUUGAGUGUCAACUAAAGCGAAUGGACGCUACCAGAGUGGAUGCUGAUGAUAUCAUUGAGACGAUCCUACAGGGUCAGGACUUCAGCCACAGCAUACUGGAUUCUAGUAAUGAAGAGGAGGGUCUUCGUCUGUUUGUUGGGCCAGGAGGAAGCACAGCACUGGGCUCUCAGCACACCAGGGUUGGUGCUGGAGCUUUUGAACAGGUGGUUAUAAAACGCUAGACUGAACAUCCACGGUGGAAGGUGAUGUAAUAUCCUGGGUCAAAGGAGGAGACAGCAGUUGUCUUCAAUCAUAAGCAGCAGUUCUAUACUGGGCUCCUGACACAUUCAUGGGCUCUAGGGAUUUGUGACAUCACUGCUCCCCCUACUGGUCAAGCUCUGAUGAUAGACAAAAGCUUUGCUUAAACUCACAGUAACAGGAAAUGCUUGGAUUGGUACUCUUUUACCAAAAAUAGAUGGUUAAAGGUCACUGAGAACCACUGGUGUAAUCGAAAAGGUGUGUUGCAGUAUUUCAGACCUAUUUUAUUUGAACUUUUUUUGUAUAAAAAAAAAAAAAAAAAACAUCACAUGGAUGGACUCAAUCAAAUGACAUGGACUGAUGCACUUUGGACUGUCCUGUGUUUCCUUUAGCGGAUGCUGCUAAUUUGAAGACGGGGAAAAAAUAAAUUAUACUAUAUUAUUAGUAUAUUUAGUAUACUACUGAUUUCAAGUAGACUUGAAACUUGAAAUCAUAUUUCUGAUAGAAGUCUUUUUGUGAAACCACCCAUAAAGGUAGUCUAAAUGUUACAAAUAAUAUGUUAAUUUAAAAGAAAACUUUAUAACUAUACUGUAAACAGAGGACAGCUGGUCUGUGCUAUAUUGGUUCAACACCAUGUCAAAUAAAGCCACAAACUAGUGAGUUACUAACUGGUAUACUUGACUGUUUUUCAAGUCAUUAGAAAUGAGAAGCCUCUGUUAAAAUGGCAUAAUCCAAAUUAGUUUUACAGGCAUUCUCUUUUCAGUUAAGCAGGAUCCUUUUAUUUUUUUAAGGGAUUGAAAAUGAGUUUAUUAUUGCAAGUAUUUGUUUGAAAAAAAAUGUGCCAAUUUUAAAGGUUAACAAAAAGAACUGUUUAUCAGAUUUCAUAUUGUAGAUUACAGAGAUGUAUAUUUUUAGUUAGUUGUAUAUAAAGAAAAUGUGGAUUUCAUUUAUGUUCUGGUUUUUCAGUUGUAACAUAAAAGUUAAAAAGUAGGGGGGGGGGAAGAAAGAAAUGUCUGACGUUUCAAAUAAUAAAGGUCAUCAAGUAUAUACCUGAAGGUUUCUUAAUUACUGUUUCAUAUUUUUUGAAUACUGCCUACAGAAACCAAAAAAAAAUAAAAAUUCAACCAUGAACGUCUUUCCCUGAUUUAUUUUUUUUUAUUGUUUGUUUUUUGCAUAAAAUAUAUGUAAUUAAAUGCACAGUCAAAAUUCAAUAUGUAAUAUGUUGCAUUUUAAGAAUAACGUAAAUUUUGUUUAAAAAAAUAAAACCAUUAUAUAAUA